UUCUCCCUCUUAACUUUUUCAUUCUCUUUCCUAUUCUGCAUUUCUUGUUUUGAUUCGGAUUUUUUUGGUUACGAGCCCCGCCCCUCCUCCCCUCUUCCUCUAUCUAUCUUUUUCAAUAAUAGUAUUAUUCGAUUUCGUCUUUGCCUCGCUUUCUUACACUGGUCUCUUCUUCUUUUUCAAACCCCAUCUGCUUACUCACCUUUCUUUAUUUUCAACAUUCUCUCUAUCCCCUCUUUCUCUCUGUCUCUGCUCUGGUUUUGAUCUGCGCAUCCCUGAAAGGGCAAGCCAGAAAUGAAGAAAUUUGUUCUUAAGCUGGACUUACAAGACAACAAAGGCAAGCAGAAGGCAUUGAAGACGGUUUCUACCCUUUCAGGGAUUGAUUCCAUUGUCAUGGACAUGAAGGAUAAGAAAUUAACGGUGAUUGGAACUGUUGAUCCUGUGGCUGUUGUUAGCAAAUUGAGAAAGCAUUGGCAAACUAAUAUAAUCUCAGUAGGGCCAGCCAAGGAGCCUGAGAAGAAAGAAGAGCCUAAGAAGGAGGAACCCAAGAAAGAAGAGGAGGCUAAGAAAGAGGAACCCAAGAAAGAAGAGGAGGCUAAGAAAGAGGAACCCAAGAAAGAGGAGCAAGCUAAGAAAGAGGAACCCAAGAAGGAAGAAGAGAAGGAGGAACCCAAGAAAGAGGAGGGGGAGAAGAAGGAAGAAGAGAAAAACGAAGACGCAGCUCCUGCUCCUCCUCCUGCUCCUGCUCCAUCACCAGCACCAGCACCUGCUCUUCCACCUGACCCAGUUUUAGAGCUGGUCAAGGCCUACAAAGCUUAUAAUCCUCAUCUCACCACGUAUUACUACGUUCAAAGCAUCGAGGAGAAUCCAAAUGCCUGCGUUAUUUGUUAAGUUGAUGGCUAUCUAAAUUUCAAGACAAGACAGAUUUUCCCAACCGGUGUUGGUUUUUAAUCUCAUCAGUUCUUAUGUGUUAAGAGGUAAACACCGAAUUAGUAAGAGAGGAACCUUGUGUAUAAAUGGUGAUGUUUUCAGAACAUAAAAGUAAUUUUGUAUAAAGAAUAAAUGAAAUUUUGGGAACUUGUUUUCUUGCA